CCGAAGAUGGCGCUGCUGUGGGCGCCGUUGCGCUGCGUUGUCCUGGUCCACAGGCGGCGGCUCGCCUUCCUCCUGCGGCCGGCCGGCUCGGCACACGGGCUGUGGAGCUCCAGGCGACGCCGGGAGACUGCACAAUGGUGGCAAUUUGUAGAUAAAAGGACAGACUGGCAUGGACAUGCUGGUGGGGGCCUCCAUUCCGACCCCAAAAAUUUCAAAGAUAUUGAUACAAGACAAAUCCUCAAAGCAAUGCUGACGUAUGUUUGGCCAAAGGAUAGACCUGAUCUCCGCGGAAGGGUGGCUUUAUCUCUUGGUCUUUUAGGUGGGGCAAAGCUCAUGAAUGUAAUGGUUCCUUUCAUGUUUAAAUAUGCAGUAGAUGAACUCAACCAAAUGUCAGGUAGUGUUUUGAACCUGAAUGAUGCAACAAGUACAGUCAUCACCAUGGCAACAGCUGUUCUCAUUGGCUAUGGUGUUUCCAGGGUUUGCGCAGCUGCCUUCAAUGAGCUAAGGAAUGCUGUCUUUGGCAAAGUAGCUCAAAGUUCCAUCAGGCGAAUAGCUAAAAAUGUUUUCCUCCACCUGCACAACUUAGAUUUGGGUUUCCACCUCAGCAGACAGACAGGUGCACUCUCAAAAGCCAUAGACAGAGGAACGAGAGGAAUCAGUUUUGUGCUCAGUGCCUUAGUGUUUAACCUGGGUCCCACCACAUUUGAAGUACUACUUGUUAGCAGCAUUUUGUACUUUAAAUGCGGUGGGUCGUUUGCAUUAAUAACCCUAGGGACUUUGGGUGCAUAUUCAGCUUUUACUGUUGGCAUUACACAGUGGAGGACUCGGUUCAGAAUCAAAAUGAAUAAAGCUGAUAAUGAUGCUGGCAAUGCUGCAAUAGACUCGCUCCUGAAUUAUGAAACUGUGAAGUAUUUCAAUAAUGAGAAGUAUGAAGCAGAAAGGUAUGAUGGAUUCUUGAAAUCUUAUGAAGAUGCAUCUCUGAAGACUACCUCAAGUCUUGCAGUGCUGAACUUUGGUCAGAAUCUUAUCUUUAGCCUUGGUCUGACUGGGAUCAUGUUACUUGCUAGUCAAGGAAUCCUGGCAGGUACACUAACAGUAGGAGAUCUGGUGAUGGUAAAUGGACUACUUUUCCAGUUGUCUCUUCCCUUAAAUUUUCUGGGCACCGUGUAUAGAGAGACACGACAGGCACUAAUAGACAUGAACACAUUGUUUACUUUGCUAAGCAUUGACACAAAGACUAAGGAGGCACAAACAGCUGCAGUACUUCAGGUUACUCCUGAAAAUUCUACCAUUACUUUUGAUGAUGUUUACUUUGAAUAUCUGGAUGGCCAAAAGGUUCUUGAUGGAAUAUCAUUUGAAGUUCCUGCUGGGAAAAAAGUGGCAAUUGUAGGUGGUAGUGGUUCAGGAAAAAGCACAAUAGUGAGGUUGCUGUUUCGCUUCUACGAACCUCAGAAAGGGAACAUAUACGUGGCUGGCCAGAAUAUUAAAGACGUCAGUUUGGAAAGCUUACGGAAAGCCAUUGGCAUUGUACCACAGGAUGCUGUCCUGUUCCACAAUACAAUUUUCUAUAACCUCCAAUAUGGGAACAUCAAUGCAACGGCAGAAGAAAUAUACCACGUUGCUAAGAUUGCUGGGCUUCACAACUCCAUUCUCAAAAUGCCACAUGGUUAUAACACUCAAGUUGGUGAACGUGGACUAAAGCUUUCUGGUGGAGAAAAACAAAGAGUUGCAAUUGCUAGGACAAUAUUGAAAAACCCUCACAUUAUAUUAUACGAUGAAGCUACGUCGUCGUUGGAUUCAAUCACUGAAGAGAAUAUCCUCAAUGCAAUGAAGGACUUGAUUCAUCAUCGUACAUCUGUGUUUAUUGCUCAUAGGCUUACUACAAUUGUUGAUGCAGAUGAAAUUCUGGUUCUGAAUAAGGGUAAAAUAGCAGAACGAGGAACCCAUUUGAGUCUCUUGAACAAUGCCAACAGUCUUUACUCUGAACUGUGGCAUACACAAAAUAGCAGAGUGCUCAACAAAAAUUCCAGUAGUCAAGGAAUAAAGAGAGAAGUGUCUUCCAAGGAAGAGGAAAGAAGAAAAUUAUCAGAAGAGAUUCUGAACAGUGUUAAAGGUUGUGGAAACUGCUCUUGUUAAAAAAAAUGUUUUAUCUUGUAUUAGGCAUAAACCUAUGCUAGCAUUUUGCACUGGAAGUGUUGUUAGGUACCAAUAUAUAAACAGACCAUUUUGAACAGCAAAGUUGAAGAAACCUUUUAGUAAAGAAUUUUUUUUUAACAAAAUGGUCAAAAUAUUUUUGGUUACCCUGAUGUUGAGGGGCCUUUCAUGGAACAGCAAAUCGAACACUGCUAUCAAAAAUGGAUCAAAUAAACUAUUCCAUUGUAACAUCCAUGCAUUUCCUAUGUAUAAGUUUUAAGGAAUUGUCCAUAAUGGGUGAUUUUAGCGCAUUACGGGUGACUUUACUGAGUUACUGUAAUGUAGUGGGUAACUAAUACUGUAUCAGUAUUGGCAUGGGCCAAGUUUUAGGAAUAGUCAUGGGAAGCUAAACCAGUGUUUGUUUUUGUCCAUGACCGAGUAUGUUGGGGACUGAGAAGUAGGAACAUUAUAAUCCUUGAGGAAUAAAUUGUGUAAAUAUUUAGAGUUGGAUUCUGGGUUCAACACCAUAUUACCUAUUGUAACAGUUUCUGAUUGGGGCAGUGCUUGGUUUACUGGAAUACAUAAUGGAAUUAGCUUGGGAAUAAGGCACAGCUAAGCUCUUUUUGCCUUCAGGAACAUUUACCAAUAAUGCACAUUUUGAACUUUGUUUACAGUCCUUUUAUAAUACAUCCAGAAUUAUUUAAACAGCUGGUUGAUAAUUUAUUAGUUACUAAUUUGAAAUAAGAUGCCAAUAUUUUAAUGGAAAGUUGACAUUUUGAGAAAAAAAGGCUGUGAAGAAAUUUGCCUCGUUAUCUCUUGAGCUGUUUUGCAUAUAUAUGUAUUUGUUAUCCUGUUGAUUAAACAUCCACAGUUCUGUAUAAAUCUCUUCUCAGUCAUUCACCUCUGCUUUCUGUUCUUCACACUAAAUUCCUGUGUCACAUUUAUUAGAGAAUGAUGGUACCACUAGGUGACAAGGUAUGUAAUCAUUGGAUACGCCUGCUGUCCUGCCACCAUUUUUGUACUUGCCAUGAGGUUUUUUUUGGUCUGUCUUAGUGUUACCUUGGGGAUAAUUCAAUUAGUGAUCAGGAUUUUGACUGUGAUGAAACUAUUAAUUAGUCCGUAUGUUUAACACUCAGUACCAUUGCACAUUGUGGCACUAAUCUGUACAAAGCAUUUUAACAACUUCCUUUAAAUUUAUGGUAACAACAAAAAGCCAGUGUGAUUUUUUUUUUAUGAUCAUUGGUGCUCUGAUAUAGAACUGAUAUUCAGUUUGCAGUCUUGAAUUAAAUUGCUUUUGGGGGAGCUUGAAUGCAAUAAAAAUGCAUGUUAAUCUGCAAGAAUUAAAACUGAGCAACCAAUUGAAUUACACUUGUUUCUUCAUGUUUCUAUUUCCACAAGAGGGUAUUGUACAAUCUAUUUUCUUCUCUCUGAAACUAAAUUAAUUAUGUUUUUAGCUUAAUGCAGUAGGUACAAACUAAAUGGGCCAGUUUCUCUUACAGUGUAGUCCCUAGGCAUCUGGAAAUAUUAAACAACAGUGUGAUCAUUUUGUUUUUUUGUUCCCUUUUUAAUCUUGGUGAUCAAAUGCUGGUCUAAAAUAGCAUUUUUCUAUAAACUGUUAUUUGAUUUGUGCCUUUUCUAUUGUUUUUGGGUUAUGAAGUAUGUUGUUGCAUUAUUUGAUCUAGAUCACUGCUCUGACCAUUGUACUGUACUAGUUUGCAUUUGCUGAACAUUGUACUCCUGAAUGGUGGUAUGUGUACAUUGAGACAAGUAGAAUGUGUUGGUCUUAGGGUUACUGUGUGAAGGGGGUAUUCGCCAAGUUCUGAAGACUGCCAAUGACUGGAUGAAGCACUGGGAAAGCGGUGUGUGCUUUAUUCUAGUUCUACUCAUUUUUGCUGAUCCAAACAAUAGCUGAUAACAGCAAAUUGACUGAUCGGUGUAAAUCAAACAAUUUAAGGGAUCUUUAAAGUACAACUUGAAUAUAUACCAUAUUUCUUCUGACUUUGUAUUUAACAAUUUUGUUAGAUGCUUGUGUAGAAAUUUAUUGCAACAAAUUCUACUGAGGCCUUUAUUUGACACAGUACUACUUUCCCCAAAAAUCGUAAAAUAAAAAUUUAAAUAUAGUACAGAAAAAAAGAUAUUUUGUUUUCAUCCAAAUCUGAGUGAUCUUCUUUGCAUUAUGAUCUAGGGUGCACAAGCCAUAAAGUAAUAUGUAGAAUACAUAACCAAAUGACAACAAAAAAAGUUCCAUUCUGUCACUUACCUCAUUCACUUUAAAUGCAAGGUGUUAAAAUGUGUAUAUGUUGCUUAAAAUAACUAAAAGGAAUUAUAUGCAACUAUAAGCAUUGAUGUACCAAUAUUUUCCCAGGAGAAUGUUAAGCUCUAUUUUGUUUAAAGUACAAAGUAUUGAGUUUGUUACUUAAAAGAUUUAUGCUAUUUUUAAACCUACAGUUUUAAAAGAAAAUUAAACAAAUUCAUGAUGAAUAAAAUGAAGGCAGUCUUUAUUAACCCCUGUGCUCUUACCUCACACUUUAAAUAAAGGAUUAACUGUUGCUGAAAUGUA